AAAUAACUCUCCUCCCACAGCUAAGAUCCACGCUCCCACCCACCAGCGACUUGUUUCACAUCAACAAUGAGUGUCUUCGCUGGCUUCAGUGCAAAAACGGCCAGUGUUUUUAAAAAUCUUCUGAAAAUUGAAUCCAUUAUCAGUUAAACAGACCAACCUCUUACUGACCACCCGCAGCGGUGCAAGAAAAGAGAGGUUGAAUUCACCCAGCUUGGACAGGAAGCAAAUAGGUGAACAGUGGGUGUCUUUGCCAUGGCCGGUGGAAGGAGAGGGACGAAUCGGACUACCUACUGCAGACCUCCGUUAAGCAGUGAUCCAGGCUCUGUCAGCAAUGGAAACCACACGACCAGUUCUCCAGUCACAGGGGUGCGAUCUCGUGCAAGAAACGGCUCCGGAACCUGCAUGUCCAGCCCCCCGCUUGCUGCUCAGACUGUGGUUCCUCUGAAGCACUGCAAGAUCCCAGAGCUGUCCUUGGAUCAGAACGUGUUGUUUGAGCUUCACCUCUUCUUCUGCCACCUGAUCGCCCUCUUUGUCCACUAUGUCAACAUCUAUAAGACUGUGUGGUGGUACCCCCCGUCACACCCUCCCUCACACACAUCACUGAACUUUCAUCUUAUUGAUUAUAACAUGCUGGUGUUCACAAUCAUCAUUCUGGCAAGGAGGCUGAUAGCAGCAAUUGUAAAAGAGGCAUCACAGAGUGGGAAACUCUCCUUCCCCCACUCAAUAUUUUUAGUGAUGGCUCGGUUUGCAGUUCUAACGCUGACAGGCUGGAGCCUUUGUCGCUCCCUCAUUUACCUGUUCAGAACCUACUCUGUCCUCAGCCUGCUCUUCCUUUGCUACCCGUUUGGGAUGUAUAUUCCGUUCUUCCGGCUAAGCUGUGAUUUCCGGCGAGCGGGCUCUCUCUCGCCGAUCGCGAGCAUCGGCUCCAAAGAGGUGGGCAGCGUGAGCCGCGGCAGGGACUACUUUACUGUGCUGAAGGAGACAUGGAAGCAGCACACAAGCCAGCUGUACGGAGUUCAGGCCAUGCCCACACACGCCUGCUGCCUCUCACCUGACCUCAUUCGAAAAGAGGUGGAGUAUCUAAAGAUGGACUUCAACUGGAGGAUGAAGGAAGUGCUGGUCAGCUCGAUGCUUAGUGCGUACUAUGUGGCGUUUGUACCAGUAUGGUUCGUAAAGAGCACUCAGUAUGUAGAUAAGCGAUGGUCGUGUGAGCUCUUCAUACUGGUAUCCGUCAGCACAUCAGUCAUCCUCAUGAGGCACUUGUUACCGCCUCGAUACUGCGACUUGCUUCACAAAGCUGCAGCCCACCUUGGCUGUUGGCAGAAAGUUGACCCUUCGCUCUGCUCCAACGUCCUUCAGCACAUAUGGACUGAAGAGUACAUGUGGCCACAGGGAGUUCUGGUAAAACAUAAUAAGAACGUCUAUAAAGCCAUGGGCCAUUAUAAUGUCGCAGUUCCCUCAGAUGUGUCUCACUAUCGCUUUUAUUUUUUCUUCAACAAGCCGUUACGAAUAUUGAACAUACUCAUCAUCCUCGAAGGUGCCAUGAUUUUCUACCAGCUCUACUCGCUGAUCUGCUCAGAAAAGUGGCAUCAGACGAUAUCGCUGGCCCUGAUUCUCUUCAGCAACUACUACGCCUUCUUCAAACUCCUCAGAGACAGAAUAGUCCUGGGAAAGGCUUACUCGUUCUCAAACAGCUCAUCAGACCAGAAAGUCAGCUAAAACUCCACUUCUGGUCAGUCAUGCUUAACUUGGAACAGGAUAAACAUGAUUAAGAGCUCUGUAUUUUUUCUACAAGCCAGAUUUGUGUCACAUUUUUGUUCUGAAUUGCCAUAAGAAAAAUAAAUAUUUUUGUAUUACUUUA